GGAUUCUGGACAAGCUCCGUUAGAUUUUUCAGAGGAACGGGACUCGACCAGAAGUAGAAAAACAACGCUGGGGGAAGCUAAAUGCAGCGUCCUGAAGUUCAUCCCUUCUUCUGAUUUUAGUUCUAAUCACAUGAAAGCUGCGCGAAAAGGACGCGCGUCUUUGUUCUGUGCGUUUUGCUCCUUUUCCAGACUGAGAGGACUUAACACCAUCAGAGGCGAUGAGAUGUGAGUGAGCUAUGCCUUGUGGAAAUGGACAGACUUUAUCCAAGCGAAAACAUGGCGUCUGCGUCCCGAGGUUUAGCUUCUUUUCCAGUCUGCUUGUGGCGCUCUGCUGCCUGGAGGUCUGGGGUUCCGGGCCGCAGGGGGACGGCGGCGGCCGGAGCUGCAGUCCGUGUCCCGUUAACUGCAGCUGCUCUCUGGCGGGGCCACAAGCGUCCUGCGUCGUCAACUGCUCCAACAUCGGGCUGGAAAGGGCCCCAGACAUCCCGCUGGCCACCAACGUGCUAGAUCUGUCCAAGAACCACAUCUCCUCUCUUGAUACCAGCCUGCUAGAUCGUCUCACUGGCCUCCAAGAGCUGUAUCUUCAAGGGAACAGGAUUAAUCUUCUUCCCAGAGGAGUAUUCUGCUGUGGACCACUGUCAGUCCUUGAUUUGAGCAACAACCAAAUCACCACCAUAGAAGAAAGGAUAUGCGACAACCUCUGUAAUUUAACUCAAAUCGAUCUGAGCAGUAACCCCUUUGACUGCGACUGUAAGCCGUUCCGGUUGGUCAGUUGGCUGCAGGAAAAGGGGGUGCGAGUUCGACGCCCACAGGCAAUGCUCUGCAACCAUCCCCCGGAGCUCCGCCACCAACCCCUGCUCAAUGUCAGCCUGCUCACCUGUCUGAAUUAUGCAGCUUGUCUUGAAGACAGCAGCAGCGGCGGAGGGGGAAGAAGCGAACUUGUCAUCUUCUCUUCUUCCACGCCUGGAAACUUCACACGUGAACAGUGCAACAGCAUGUGUUUUGGUGCAUCACACCGAUAUGGAGGUCUGGGGGAAAGGCACGAGUGUCUCUGCAGCACAAACUCUCGGCCCAACUUCAUCAGCGAGUCUCAGUGCUCUGCUGCCUGUACGAACCCCCAUGUGAUGAAGAAAUGUGGGUGGACUCUGGCUCAUGAUGUGUUUGCGGUGGAGUUCACCGUCUCACUGAAACCUCUCCCGCUGCAAAGUGUGCACGAGCGGGUCACUUUCUCCACCACAUCUUCUGUUAUGCCCGUGACGCUGUCUUGGGACUUUGGUGACGGUUCAUCGCGGGUCAACACGACAGGAGCAGCGAUCACCACAGCAGCUCACAAAUACGGACUUCCAGGGCGUUAUGCAGUCAGUUUGAUGGCCUCGGCUGGACACAAGGAGGUCUCUACACGUGGGGAAGUGACUGUGACACUUCCUCCCAAACUGGAGCUGCACUGUCCACCUCUUUCUGUGGCCAAUAAGAGUCUCGAGUUCACACUUGUCAGCUGGGGUGCAGUUGGCUUGGAUGUAGACUGGAAGAUCACAAAGAAUGACAUCCAGGUUGCCAAAGCCUCCCCUCACUGUCCCAGAGAUGGGGUGUAUCACCCCGAGUCCUCAAGCUGUUUCCAGAUCCUUCCGGGGGAGCUGAGCUGGACCGAUGCUCGACGACAAUGUUUGGAGCGCAGAGGGUCUCUGGCAAUAGUCAGGAGUGACACACUGCGCAACCAGCUGGCACACAAAAUCACUCAGGAGCGAGGAGUGUGGCUAGGCUUGAGUGAUGUCGACUCUCCAGGCAAACUGCGCUGGGUGAACGGAUCGGAGGCCCAGGAGGGCGAGGAGGGCCAACCGCCUCGCUCUGCAAUAUCCCGCGGCAACGUGUGCGUGUCCCUUGAUCAACAGGGUCAGACCAGUUCACACCUGUGCAGCGCCACGCGGGCCUAUGUCUGCCAAUACACCCCCCAAGUGCGUGUUCCAGAUGCUGGGAUCUUCAUGGUGGGCAUGGCUGUGUUUCCUUCCCACAAUCCUCUGCAACGUGUGCCAUCGACUCUUCCGUUCGCUCCACAACCUCCAAGCAGUGGCUUAGAGAUGCUGCUGUUUCCUGCACUGAGCUUUGUUCAGGCAGGUCGUCUGUCCUCCCUGGAGUUUGUCACUCAGGAGCUCAGCUCACGAGUCCACAUUCGAUUCCAGACCUACAGACCUCACUGUCAUUAUCUGAACCGGCACCUGCUGCUGCCCAGUUGUGGAGGCCCAGCGUGUGCUCCAGUAGCUGUUUGUGUCCCCAACGACACCAGGAGCAGUGAUCCACCCCCCUGCCCCAGAUUAGAGCAGUGGUGUCCCUUCCAGCGCCGAUGCCAGCCCCUCUCUAGUCCUUGCCAGCCUUCUUCCUGUCCGAACUGCUCCCAUUCUCACCGUCUGCCUCCUGGGAUGUUGAGGCCGCGAUACACUCUACAGAAUGAGGUGGUCUUCACUCUACCAGCAGGACCAGCUGGACAUGUACUGCUGCAAGACAAACUGGAGGACAUCCUGGUUUCUCGUGGUGAUGUGAUCGCCCUGCAGCACGACGCCGGCCCGUCCUCUCUUCUCCGCUGCCAGCCGUCUCCAAACUCACUGUGGCGGCAACCCGUUUUAGCCCUCAACCAAUCAGAGUGGUUCUGGAUCAACAACAGCACCAGACAGUCAACGGAUGCUACAGCCGAUCACGAUGCCAACCUUCUGCUCGACCCGGUGCUCGACAUGGAGACCCUGGUGAAGGACGGUGAGGGAGGCUGGCUGGAGGAGGUGGUUUGUCCCGUCAGAGUGCUCUAUGUGGGACAAAGUGAGACACAGCUGCAGGGAGCACAGCUGUCUAAUGGACUGCCCCAGCCGGGACUCUACAGCCUGCUGGUGACCUCUGCUGAGCCAUCAUACCCAGCUUCAGCAUCGUGCCCAUUGCGGGUGGUGCCUCCACUGGGCUUAACAAUCCUUCACCCGCCCCCACGUAAUAAUACCCUCUACCUGCAGCCCAACGACACUCGCCUUCUGCUCCGUGUGCAGUCUAGCUACGAAACAAAGAUGUCGCGUCGUGGCAGUAAUCUCAGCGUAACUUUCCAGCCUGAAUGUCCACCAGAGUUUCCAGUGCUCUGUCAGCCUGGGCUGAGCUCAGGGUCUGGGGUCGAGGUUUCAGAGCCAAGCCAGUACGCAAUGCUGGACCUGAGCCUGGGUGUGAAUGAGCAGAAGGUUCCAGUGCAGAUAGAACUGGAAGCCCACAAUAACGUGACAGAGGCCAGUCUGAUGGUGUUUGUUCACCUGGAAGAGCCGCUCAGAGGACUGGUGGUGCAGCCUCACCCUGCACACAGAGUACUGAUGGAGUCGGUUGUGAGCUACACAGCAUCAGUGCUUGAAGGCACCAGUCCCACAUUUAAAUGGACAGUGGAUGACAAGCCGUACUUCACCUACUACAAUACAGUCCUCAAUGUCAUCUACCAGCAUGCUGCCAUCUACAAGCUCACAGUGACGGCCAUGAACCAUGUCAGCACACUCACAGAGCAUUUCAAUGUAACUGUGGACCGGCUGCAGCCCAUGAAUAACCUCACAGUCAGAGGUGUGCCAGAUGUUGUUCCUCAGGGCUCCAACCAGACUCUCACCGCCUCUGUGCUCGUGGACAUGUCUGUGGCUGCCACCUUCAGAUGGUCUUUUGGUGACGGAGGAUAUAAGGAGUUUGAAUACAAGCCGCCCUACCCUCUUUCCCUCCUCUGGCCAGAUUCCCCUAAUCAAAUUCUCCUAAGCAACAACAUCACCUAUGUCUACUCUCAGCCAGGAAUAUACACAGCACUCGUGUCAGUUUCCAAUCGUUAUGAGAACAUCAGUCAAAGCAUCAACAUGAGCGUCUACAGCAUCCUCACUCGCGUUGAUAUACAAACAGAGCCACAACUCCUCCUUGCUGGCAAAUCCGCCGAUUUUGAAGCUCACCCUCUGCCCUCGCCGUACGGCAUUCAUUACGACUGGCACUUCGGGGAUGGUUCUGCCACCCUACAAGGACGUCGUGUGGCACACACCUGUGCGCAGAGUGGCGUCUUCACUGUGUGUGUAUCAGUAAAUAACACUAUCAGUUCUACAGAAGCUUGUGCUGAAGUGUUUGUAUAUGAGGAGAUUGAAGAUCUAACAGCUGAAAGCUCCUCUCCCACAGAGUUGAAUAGUCCCACCACAGUGUGGGCCCACUUAGCUUCAGGUAAUAACAUCACAUGGACAUUCUCAAUGGGUGAUGGCACUCUCUAUACCACAUCUGAACCUCGUGUGUCUCACAGCUACGUCAAAGAUGGCAACUACACUGUAAAUGUGACUGCUAUGAAUGCCGUGAGCUCUGGCUGGACAGUCCUUCCAGUUCAGGUGUUUGUCUUCCAAGUUAUAAGGAUGGAGCCAUCCGGGUGUGUACAAGAGCGGACUCCAGUCAACUUUCAAGCCUGGGUGUCUGGAAACGCAUCGAUUCAUCUUUAUGAAUGGAGUUUUGGGGACGGAAGCCUCAAUGAAACACACCAUGGAAAUCCCAGAGUCUCACACACCUACCAAACAAGUGGGAACUACCAACUCUCCCUGCUCCUUUCCAGCAGGGUCAACAAGGCCACCAAGGACAAUUUCUUUAACUGGGUGUGUGUGCAGCCAGCUUUGACGGACAUCAGCCUUAUUCUUGAGAAAUCACAUUACGCUGUGGGGGAGGAAGUAAAGUUCCAUGUUAGAGCUGAGCCGCAAUUUAACUACAGCUAUCAGUGGGACUUUGGUAGAGAGGAAGAUCUUGUGCCCAUCCAUGGUUCUGAGAACAUCAUGACAGCAUAUAAAAAGCCUGGUCUUUACAUUGUGACGGUAAAUGUUUUCAAUAACAUCUCCACCAGUAACACCAGUGCUGUGAUUGAGGUUCUGAUGCCCAUUGGACCAAUUGUUAUUCAUCAUAAUGGCACAAAGUACAAUAACCUGACACUUGGAGCAUCAUACGCUUUCAUUACUUACUCCUUGGCCUCCAAUGUCACUUAUAUCUGGAAUUUUGGAGAUGGAAAUGUGCUUACAGGCAAGAAUACCCUCCAUACCUACAACAUCUCUGGAAACUACAAUAUCACACUGAAAGCAGCCAACACAGUUAGUCACAAUGACACUGUUCUGCCUGUUAAUGUCCUUACACCAAUUCGUGGGUUGACAGUCAAUGCAAGCUUGGUAAAUGUCCCUCUCAAUGCUUCAGUCCAUUUUGAGGCCCAAAUGGAGGAGGGAGACUGUGUGCGGUUUUCUUGGAUGGUGUCUGGUUCUCUUGGAUAUUGCUGCACCUCAAUCCCAGGGACACACACCAUGUUCUACACCUUCCGCUCUGUUGGCACCUUCAACAUCAUUGUGACAGCGGAGAACGACGUGGGAACAUCACAAGCAAGUAUCAUUCUGUUUGUCCAACGUGAGCUGGAAGGACUGCAGAUUUUAGCGGAUGAGAUUGGAGGAGGUGGAGGCACAGGGCUGGAUGGUUGUUGUUACGCUACAAAUCGUGUUCUCCACCUUCAAGCAGGAUUAAAGGAAGGCACCAACAUGACCUUUACUUGGAACCUUAUUAGAGAACUUGACCCUGUCAGCUCAUUCAAUGUAACUGGGAAGACUGUAGAGCUGAAUUUCUCCAAGCCAGGUCCAUGUGACAUCCUUCUCCGGGCAGCAAACCUUCUGGGGCAGCUUUCCAUCAACAGAACCAUCCACUUUCUUGAACCAGCUGGAAGUGUGCAGCUGCAGAUCAGCAACAAUCCAGCUGCUGUAGGUUCUUCAACAAACAUGACAGUACAGACUAAUGGAGGUACAGACCUGCAGUACCGCUGGACUAUAGAUGGGAACACUCUGGACUGGAACAAGCCCUGGAAAACCCACAACUUCAACAGUCCUGGCCAAAAACAAGUCACUGUGGAGGUCUUCAAUGAAGUUAGCUCGGAGGUUGUGUCAGAGAUUGUCAGUGUCCAGGAAGUUAUUUCUGGGUUAAGUUUCUCAGCCACCAAUGUGACAGAGCAGAAUUACGUAGCAACGGGGGUGAACGUCUUGCUCCAGGGGGACGUGUUAACAGGAACCAAUGUAGUGUGGACGUGGCUGAUGGAAGGGAGAACAGAAACGGGAAGGAAAACCUCUUUGAUUUUCCAGGAGCCAAAGACAGCCAGUGUUACUCUGAAUGCCACCAACGAUGUCAGCUGUCAGGUGGUCUCCAGAGAGUUCUUUGUUCAAGACAAAAUUCAGGGAUUGGAGCUGAGGGCAAGUAAGAAGCGUGCAGCAGUGGAUGAAAAGGUAGAGUUCACCAUUACCAUGGUAGCAGGUACGGAUGUUCAACUGAUCCUCAGCAUCAGCGGCGAUGCCACUAUGUAUCCUCAGCCCAACACAACCUACAGCCAUGUAUUCACCAGGGUGGACUCGUACUUGGUGAAUCUCACUGCUCACAACCAGGUCAGUUACAAGAGGCACCAUCUCCAAGUGGAGGUGAUGGAGCCUGUGCGUGGGCUUUCCAUCCAAGGAAGCUGUGCAGCGAUUCCUGUAGGUGUGAAGAAAGUGUUUGUGGCCAACAUCCAGACUGGCAAACCUGUUCGUUUCCUGUGGACUUUUGAUCUGCAUCUCCACAAGGCAUCACAUAUGGGCAAAGAGGUGCCCUACACGCCAGAAGAACCUGGUUUAUUGACCAUCUAUCUGAGGGCCUUAAACAACCUGCAUGGACAGAAUAUCACCAGGCACAUACUGGUGCAGCACCUGCUGAAGGCUGCUGUCCUGGAUGCAGUGCCUCGGGACACUUUCAUCAAUAAGACAGUGACCCUGAUGGCCUCCGUCACACCCAGAUCUAGUCCUGUGGAGUGUCUGUGGGACUUUGGUGACGGCUCUACUCAAGUUCACACCAACACCACAACUGUGGGUUAUGCAUACAGACACCCAGGACACUACCUGGUCCAGGUAAACUGCAGUAACCUGGUGAGCUGGGUGUUGGCCCAGGUUGAAGUGAACAUCAGUGUAUUAGAGUGUGAAGAGCCAGAAGUUCAGGUGGUUCAAGCCCCCCGUCUGGCCAUCUGGCGCUACCAGCCUGCUUUGGUAGAAGCCAGCGUGGACCUGAAAGGCUGCAUACGCUACGGAGCUCAGUACCUCUGGCAAGUACUCGCAGGGUCUUCCUGUGAGAGUGAAAUAAUGAAAGACAACCCUGUGCCGCCCAGAGCAGUUACUCAGCCCUCUCAGUUUUUGCCUGUCCAAGUAAUUCGCCUGCCGGGGGAGGUGGAUGUGCGGCGGCUGCAGCUGUCGUUGCCGAAGAUGGCUUUGACAGCAGGGAACUACACCUUGGUGUUUUCUUUGUCAUACGAAGGUGUGCCACUAAGGAAGGCUGCUUGUCUGCACCUCGGUGUCAUGGCGGCCAGGCUGAUGCCCAUAAUAGAAGGUGGCACCUACAGGGUUUGGCCGAGGACACAGGACCUGCAGCUGAGUGCAGAGCAAUCCUAUGACCCCAACAUGGACCCAGACAGCCAGUCGCUGCUCAACUACAACUGGGAGUGUCAAAGUACAUCAAAGGGUCCGGAGCACUGUUCUAGUCUGAACUUUGGUCUGGGCUCCAGCGGUCCUGUGCUGGGAAUCUCUGGCUCCGAGCUGGAGGCAGAAGUUGAAUACACCUUCAAACUGACCAUCAGCAAAGACGGGAUGGCACCAGAAUCAACCACACAGACUGUGCUCGUUCAGAGUGGCCACAUCCCCAUGGUGUACCUGGAGUGUGUGUCCUGUAAGGCCCAGUCCAUUUACGAGGUCAGCCAGAACUCGUACGUCUACCUCAAGGGAACUUGCACUAACUGCCAGGGCCUCCACCGUGGGCGCUGGAGUGCCAUGACGCUGCAGAACGAGACUCUGGUCCUGGACUUCUCCUCCACCACCACAGGAAGUGACGGCAUGAAUCUGGUGCUGCGACAGGGCGUCCUGCGGCAGAGAGUUUCCUACAUUUUCACCCUGCAUGUGACCGACAGCAGUUUAGACGGCGAGGGCGUCGCCUCUAUCACGCUGCACCACAAUAACCCCCCAGCGGGUGGGAAGUGUCACCUGAGAGUGGGAGGGGAGGCAGGGGUGGAGUUCGGGGAAGAGGACGCUGAAGGCUGGAGGAUACAAACACUGGUGGACCGAGUGCACUUCAACUGCUCAGGUUACAGUGAUCUGGGGGUCUCUGAGACUCCUUUGCUGUACAGUCUGCUGGUGACGCGCUGUAGAGAAGACUACUGCGAAGACUUCUGCGUCUACAAAGGCAGCAGCCCAGAGCACUCAGCCUUCCUGCCUCCAGGCUUCAGACCAGCCAGACACCGUGUAGCUGUUUCCAUCACAGUGGAGGACCACCAGGGAGCUGCCGUCACUGCACUUAACAAUUCCAUUGAGGUUGUGCAGCCAGAUCCGCCCCCUGAGUACAGCAGUCUUCCCCACUGGCUGUCUGAGCUGACAGACACCAAGCUCAAAAAGCUGCUGGAGCAGGGAGACUCCCAGAGGGUCAGAGAGUUAUCACUGGUUCUUAUUACAGUCCUAAAUGAGUAUGAGCAGACCAAGGAUCCAUCACAAGUGUCCCGAGAAGAGCGCAACUACAGAGUCAGAGUGCGCAGCAACAUCACCAGAGCUCUGACGGCUUUAGAUCUGACCACCGUCAGCGACAUCCAGCAGACCUCUGCUGCUCUGGCACAGUGCACGGCGGUGAGUCCUGAGUUCAUCUGUGAGGAGUGUCAGAAUAGCACUCUGAACAAGCUGGAGUCCAUGUUGGAGAUUCUGCAGACAGACACCAAGCAGGGCACCGUCACCCCCACUGAAAUAGCCGACAACAUCCUGAACAUCAUGGGUGAUCUGAUCCACCAGGUCAGCCAGUCAGCCUCCCACUCUUACCUCCAUCCUCCCUAUGUGGAUUCCCCCUUACCUCCAUCCACCUCCUCCUCUUCCUCCUCUCCUGAGGAUCAUGGAAACACCCUGUUGGAUGCCUCACCCUCCUCACCCGAGCCUCACCCGCUGCGAGUGGCGGCCAAAGCCUACAGCCUGUCCUCGGUCCUCAUGCUGAUUCUGAUGCAUGCCCGAGUGCUAAACGAGGAGCCGCUGGUCCUGAGAGGAGCUGAGAUCGCUGCCACGGGAAAACUGGCUGACCCCCACAGUCUGCUCUGCUACCAUGGCAACAACAGUCCAGAGUGCCAGCGAUUCUCCAUCCCUCGAGCUUUCAACAAAAGUCUUGGCAGAGCUGCUGCAGGAAACAGCAUCAUGCAACUCCUUUUUCAGGUGGAGUCCAACCCAUUCCCUUUCAACUAUGUGGCCAACUACACUGUCUCAACAGAGGUGGCAUCAAUGGAGUUUCGCACUGAAAAUGGCACCCAGAUCCCAAUAUCUGGACUUGAUGAUAGUUUAGCCAUCACUGUUGCCAUCAACAACGGUAGCAGUGGAGAAGUGGGUACUGAGGGUUCUGGUACCGGAGGAGUUCCUGCAGCUGGAGCUGUUAACAUCAGCCACUGUGACUCUGUUGUCGUCAGGGUCAGCACCGGAAACAGCAACAGACAGGCGGGACUGUUUGUGCAGCUCAACUUCACCUCUUUGGAAGAUGCAACAGGGAAGGAAAAAAACGAAGUGUAUGAGGAGGAGCCGUACAUCACCGCCUACCUCCAUUCCCAUGAACAACCCAAUGAGUUCAACUGCACAGAUAAAAAACUUGUUACUCUCAGUAUGACCAGAGGGCAAGAUCUUGACCACAGAAAAUACACCUUCUUCCUGUCGCCCGAGUCCUUCGACACGACUCUGGACUACUUCAUCAAUGUGACGACACCCUGCAGCCCCAAAUCUCGUCCGGUCGGUGUUCGUCUGGAGGUCGGGGUGUUUGCGUCUCUUUGUCAGUACUUCAGUGAGAACGAGAAGCAAUGGAGGACAGAUGGCAUGGUGCCCCUGGCAGAGACCAACUCCAGCCGAGCAGUUUGCCGAACCAGGCAUCUAACGGCCUUCGCUGCGAGCCUGUUUGUACCAGCCAACGCCAUCAGCUUUAAAGUGCCUGAACGUUCUGGGGCACCGAGCCUGGUCGUGCUGUUGGUGUGUAUAUUGGGAUUACUGAGCUACGCUGUGGCAGCAGCCAUCUUGCACAAGCUGGACCAGCUGGAUCUCCGUCGGGCCGGUGUGGUUCCACUCUGCGGCCGAGAUGGACUCUUUAAGUAUGAAGUUCAGGUCAAAACUGGCUGGAGCCGAGGAGCAGGCACCACAGCUCAUGUGGGAAUCAGUUUGUAUGGACGUGAGAGCCGCAGUGGACACCGCCACCUCGACAGCAGAGGAGCUUUCGCACGGAACGCUCUCGACAUCUUUCAUAUUGCCACAGAUGCCAGCCUGGGCAGUGUCUGGAAAAUACGAGUUUGGCAUGACAAUAAAGGUCUGUCUCCAGCGUGGCUGCUUCAGUACGUGUUGGUUAAAGACCUGCAGACAGGAAGCAGCUUCUAUUUCCUGGUUGAGGAGUGGCUGUCGGUUGACAACGAAAGAACGGACGGACGGGUGGAGAUCGAGGUGGAGGCCUCAGAGGAGGCUGCGCUCCGCCAGCUGCCUCGUCUCCUCCGCUGUGAGCUGCAGAGGGCGCUGUGUGAGAGUCACCUGUGGCUGUCGCUGUGGGAGAGGCCUCCCCGGAGCCCCUUCACCCGCCUGCAGAGGGCCACAUGCUGCGCUGUGUUACUGCAGCUCUUCCUGCUGGCCAACACUCUGUGGUACAGCAUUGUGGUGGACAAGAGGCACAGCCCAAGGGCUGUGUCCAGGAUCUCCUCCUUAAAUGGAGAGACGGUGGCAGCAGGCGUAGUGACUUGUCUCAUCAUCUACCCUUUCUACCUGCUCGUCUUCACACUCUUCAGAAUGAGCCGCAGCAAGUGUGUGACCGUGGAGCAGGUGCCGCCACAAGUGGACCAGGAGUCAGUGGAGAUCGAUGACUUCCUGGACAACUCCAUGGCAGGAAGUUCCUUCCUCUUCUUUAAUGGCGAGACCAACUCCGAGGAGACCAACGUGGAUUUGCCGACUCCAUCAACCAAAAGCGAGGAGAGUUGGGGCAUGGCGGACGAGGAGACGGAGGACAGGGAUUGGCCAGAGCUGCUGAGUGACGUUUCUGUGGUGGGAGGUGCAGGACACGGAGCAGGGAUGCCUCGGCUGAAGAGAGGUCAGGGCAGCCGACACCUGGGUGUGGACAUGAGCUUUAACCCUGACGACGAGGAGGGAACUGACCAACGCAACAAAUAUUUCACCUCAUCAGAUGAAGACCUCAUCAAGCACAUACUGACGGACGGACAGAACUUCUUUCCUCAGGCGGAUGAAAGCGAGAUGGCUGACCUAUCAAGCCUUUUUCUAGAUAAGACUGAAGUGAUUCUCCUUCAGAAACUGAACGAGCCUCUUCCUCUAGAGUCUGUCAGGAGGGAUCCACCAAAAACUGCUUUCACCUCCAAUACAGUUGUGACGGAUGUGUGUCGGCCCAGACGUUUCCCUCCCUGGUGCGGUCGAGCCGCUCUGUGGGGCAGCUGGGCAGGAAUCACUUUGGCCAACAGCGUUUCAAUCUGGGCGGGACACGGCUUCAAUCAAAGUGUGGCCAUGAUGUGGUUAAUCUCCUGCUUUGCCAGUUUCUUGUGCUCCUGCCUGCUGUUGGAGCCUAUUAAGGUGUUGUGUGAAACAGCGUACUAUGCGCUGUGUGUGCGUCGGCUGCGUCCAGAAGACCAGGACGUGCUGGUGGAGUUUCCCCGGGUGGAGAGGGUAGUUCUGAGGGUCUCCAGGGUGAGACCACCACAGGGCUUCGCUCUGUCUCAGGCCAGACAUCAAGCCCGCAAGGUCCACAUGCUGCACACCAUGCUGAAGAAUUUCCUGGUUUACAUGUUUUUCCUGUUGGUUGUUCUGCUUCUCAACUACUCCGACUCGGCCAAAGACACACACAGCCUGAGACUUCGCACUCAGCUGCAACAAGCCCUGCACACACCGGAGUACCACAACAUCAGCAGCCGAGAUGAUGUUCUGACUUGGCUAAAUGAGUCCUUGUUGCCACGGCUACUGGAUGAGUCUGCCCUCCUGAGAGACACGGGAAGCGUGUUACUCGGCACACUAAGGCUCCGACAAAUCCAUGACACACAGGGUGGUUUUGGAACAGGAAACAGAUCAUUUACUUGGGGAAGGGGCUGGGUUGCAUCUCCAACUAAAGAUCCAGAGAAUGUGACAGUUUCUGGUGCUAUUGAUGGUGAUCGGGUGUGGCGUUCGGGUCAGAUGGGGGAGUCCGACAGCAGAGAUGCGAUCCAGCAGCUGAACAGAAGCCUGGAGGAGGCCUCGUUGACCUUACGGCAGCUGCAGCAGCUGCACUGGCUCGACCACAGGACUCGUGCAGUGUUUGUGGAGUUCUCUCUCUACAACAUCAACACAAACCUCCUGGCCGUCUUCUCAUUCCUGUUUGAGUUUCCCGUUUCUGAGCGCGCCCAGUCGAGCUUUGACCUCCUUGUCAUCACUCUGUGGCCAAUCACAGGCCUGGACCUUCAGCUUCUUCUCAUGAUGGUCCUCCUGGCCCUAGUGGUGUAUUUCCUGGUACGAGGGAUCUUGGGCUUCCUCAGAGAAGGUUACAGGUACCUGCUGUCGACCUGGAGACUCCUGGGCAUCUGUAAAUUGUCUCUGGCGGCGUCUGUUUGUGGGCUGCACCUGAGCCGCUGCAUCAUGGCCAAGCAGCAGUGGGCGUCGUACAUGAAGCACCCACGGGACGCCUUCACAGACUUCUACCCGUUGGCCAGGCAGAGUCAGAUGUACACCGUCAUGUCUGCCUUGCUGUUGUUCAUACUGGUGCUCAAGGCGUCCCACCAAUUACGCUUCCUGAGAGAGUGGGCCGUGUUUGGCAGAGCUCUGCGGCGUUCAGUCUGGGAGCUGCUAGGAGUCGCUGUGGCCUUACUGCUGCUACUGCUGGCGUACUCACACGCAGGACACCUGCUCUUCCACUCUGUCCUGGACGGUUACGGCAGCGUGACCUCAGCCUGUCUGUCUUUGGUGGGUGCCGGUGGUCGAGGCCUUCUGUCAUGGCGUCCCGCCUGGACACUAACCGGCCCCUCCAGCACCGUCUCCUCGCUGGUGUUCCGUGUGAGCUUCGCUAUUCUUCGGCUGGUGCUGCUGUGGUUGGUCACCUCGUUGUUACUGAGAAACUACCGGCGUGCGCGAGCGGAGCUGUACCGUCCAGCUGUGGACCUGCAGGACUACGAGAUGGUCGAGCUGUUUCUCAGGAGACUCAAAAUGUGGAUGGGACUCAGCAGGACCAAGGAGUUUCGUCACAAAGUGCGAUUUGAAGGCAUGGAGCUGCCACCGUCCCGUUCAUCCUCCACCAGCGACUGUAAAUCUCUCUGCUUGCCCCCGCUGGACAGUCCAGAUUCCCCCCCAACCCCAGACAGCGUUGAUGCUGGCUCCGAGGCCUCGUGGCGCCCGACCUCCUCCAGCCCCUGCAGCCUGACGGAGGCCCCGGGGAUCGGCCUGGGACUCGGCCUGGGCCUGGGGUUGGGGCUUGGCCCGGGAGUGGUGGUCGGAGGAACCAGCUGGAGGGAGCGAGCAGAGACCGAAGCCUCCCUGAGGAGACUCCUUCCCACCCUGGAAGCCCUGCUGCAACACCUCGACCGUGUCACCAUGGCAACAGAGGACCUGUACCACAUGGAGUGCAAACUGGAGCGAGCUCAGAGGAUGAGGAGGUGUCGGGGGAGGGAGAGAGGCGAGGAUGGUCAGGGAGGUCGGGGCGAGGUGAGACAGAGAGGGAAGGGGGAGGACAAGGAUCGGAGACAACGAAAGAGCAGCAAAGAAAAGCAUAAAGGAAGCAGAAAAGGGAAAAAGACAGAUAAAAGUGAACUUCCAAAAGAAUGUGGGAGUGCUGCUGCCAACCCCAAAAAGACUCCUGUAGCUACACUUGUCCCCUUUUUAAAGCCUCAUCCUGCCUCCACCUCUACGCAUCCCGCUGCUCCUCCAGUAUCUGCCAAACGUUCAGUCAAUGCACCUCCACCCACACCAGUCACAGAUAAAUCUGCCUCUGAUGCCUCUUCUCUUUCAGCGUCAUCAGCUCCCUUUUCCCACCCAAAAACACCUGCUGCACCUCUAUCCACCCCCGGCCCUUCCUCCAUCACCCGGGACUGGGACACUCCCACAGAGAGAGAGACCCUCCCCUCCUCUAGCCUCUUCAACCACCCAGCUCACACCACUACCAUCCCUACAAGCAAGCGAAAACGCAAACCCCCGCCCCUCAAAAACAAGGUGCACCCAACUUAGACAAGCACGAGUUUGGACAAACCCCAAAUCCUGAGAGAGAGAAUGAGACAAACAGAAAUGAAGGGUGUAGCAAAAGAAUGUGAGAGUGAAAUGCUGGGUUAAGGACGAGAGGAGGACGGGGACAGCCGGUUUUGUCCCCAGAUGCUCCUCUCUAAACCCAGGGAAAGGAAGGAAACAAGUAGAGGGGAACGUAAAAGUACAAGAAAGAACUAGAGAAGCAGUUUGGGGCCAUGAAAGCUGAACAGUGAGCAGUAAAAUAAGACUUUUGCAGGUUUAUAAGCAGUGAUCCGUCCAAAUCCCGACUCACAAAAACAAGGUGCAGGUCACCGAAUGUUAACUGAACUGGCUAGUGGAAGUCAACAGUGAAACCAAGACACAUUCCUAUCCUUAUUCCUCCCUGGCCAAGACUGACCCCUUAAACCCCCAUGUGACCCCGGAGGUCACAUGGGGUCGUCGACAAGAGCGCAUGAACGUGCUCACCAGAGGACUGAAUGAACUGACUAUGCAAUCAGUCUUUCAUUUUUUUGUGUGUGUCUAUCUCGGAAAACAGAAAAUGUGUUGAUUUCGCAGUUAUGUUUUUGUCUUGUUAUAUUUUAUAUUUGGGUCACCAUGGGUACUUGUGCGCCUGUCCCAAAGUUUGCAUGCAGGCACACACAGAUAUACGCACACGCAGAUAAACACACGUAUAGAACACUGUAUUGGCAAAUGGUAAUGUGUCACACACUUUGGCCCAAUGAGGGAGAAGAGAAAACACACAAACUCUUUAGGGUGCAGAAUAAAAGAAAGCAAAAAAAAGGAGGUGUAGCAGGCGGUUGUAGCGCCGAACAAGGUCGGAGUGUGAUGAAGAAAAUGUUGCUGAAUGGAGAAGUUUGAUUGUAGAAUAAAAGCAGGAAGGAUUUGCCUUCACCUACCACAGUACUGAAUAUUUACACCAGUUCUCCCGUUAUAAAGCUAUAAUGACCCGUCUGAUUAUCUUUCCUAAAUGUUUUUUUUGUUGUUAUUGUUGUGUUCAAUAUGGAGGUGAUUCAAAAGCACUUUUGUUCUGAUGUAGACUGUUAUUUUUUUAAUGAGGUGUGGUGUUAAGUAAUAAGCUUGGUUCUCCAGAAACCAACAGAGAAAGCUUCACUCAUACUGUAUCCUAACUAUAAACAUUGCCAAAGCUUUUGCAUCAUUUAUGCAUCCUGACCUUCUACCAUGCCAAGUAACUCAGUCAUUCAUUCAUUCAUUUCUGUACUUGCACUUUAUUCUCUAAUGGAGUUGAUAUCCAACAUCCGUAUUUAACUCUCAUAUGUCAGUUCGUAUCUUUUACAGCUACAUUAUAGAAACAUUCUAGUAAGUAUUAUCACGGUAUUGAAGCAAUAGCUUUUUUGUUUUGUUUCCGCUUUUUAUUAUGUUGUAAUGGUUUUUUUUGUCUAAUUUUGAACAACAUGGGCACUUCAUAUGUCCAGUGGGCAGAUCUCAGGGAACCCACCCUUUCCUUAAAAACCUGGAAGGUAAUCCAGAAAAACCAAAAAACUGGGUGUGAAAUAAGUGUUUUCAGUAACCAAAACAUAUAUUUGGUGCCACUUUGAUCCUCCAUGGUUCUUAGCUAGAAUGAGAAAUUUGUACUGCGUUGUGUUGUUGUUUAAGAGGUACUUUUGGGCAUGUCAUCAUCUGAUUUAGUCCCUGUUUCUCCCUUUUCUUAGUAAACAUCAUCAUAAAGCAAAAUAUUAAGAUUUUGAAAGCUGAUCCUUAUCCAUUUCUUUCCUGUAAGUUGCAUAAGAUUUCACAAGAGACCCAUCUUCCUCCGUGCGUGUACAUUUCUGUAUAUAUUGGCGCUUUAUGAUGUAUAUAUUUUUGCUUUACGUAAUCAGUAUUGUUUGUGCUGCAACAACAUACGUAUAGGUCAAGCACUGGCGUCGCAACCUCCAAAGUUUUCCAUUUCUCCAAAGCACUUCAGCCAAAGAUAAUGACGUAUUUAAUCUUUGACAACAUUGACAAAAAGCCAGGUAGAAACCACAGUCAACAGUUAGCACCUCCACUGGCCUUUUAUUCUGUGUAACAGCAUCAUGCCAAAACCCUCCUCUUCUUCUAGCCGUCUUCUGUUGUGCGAUUCGUUUUGUUGUAAAACAGUGUUACAGGUGUGUGUUUGGAAACAUUUUGUCUUUGCUCUCUUUUGUAUCUCAUAUCUGUAUUUUGCAGUUGCAGCACUUCUCAUGCUUUUGCACUUGACAAAGUCGAAUAAAGAGUUUGACAGCUGAA